CAGGUGACACAGUACAUCGUUAACCGUACAUGAGAUGCUCAGUGUAGACCUGCUGCACACUGUACAGUUAUAAUUGCUGAUAAAACAUAUGUUAUAACCAUUAACCGUGCAAUAUGGUACUGAAGGUGGGGGAUCGGGUGCUCACAAAAACCCCUGAAAAUCUUCAAGAAUUCUUUGACGAAAACCCCGAGGUUUGUGAGAAUAAUAUAGAUCUACUGGAUACUUACUUGCAAAGGGAAGGUGUUCUCUUCCUAACCCAGAGAAGACAAGCAACCAGUGAUUACAGAGAAAACCCAGCGGUACAGAUUCUUGGUUCACAUGCUGCUAUGACUUGUCACAUUGUUAUUAUGCGACAUACAGCUAGUCAUGUCGCAUCAUUAGGUCAUUUUGACAAUUUCUCCUGUUGGCAGUUUGGGGACGAAAAUUCAGCUCACAAAGAAGGUUUAAAAACAAUGAUUGAGGAAAUAGAACAUUUAUCCCAGGAUCAUCUUGAUCAAGGAUAUAUCCAGAAGUUGUUCUUGUUACCCCCUGUAGUGUUCUUGUUACCCCCAUUUAGUGUUCUUGUUACCCCCUGUAGUAAUCGUAUUUUAGAGGUUAUAUAUUUUUGUGUCGGACCCUACAAUACUCAACAAGAUAAAGACGGUAAAAACUGUGCAGUUCUGAUAGGAAUAGCGAUAGAUCUUAGAACUCAAAAUAUCUUUCCUGCUUCUUUUCCAUGGAACAAUUUCGAGGAUUUUUCUACACAACUUCAGGACCGUUUUCUUAGGCGUACUGGUCAAGGAAGUAUCCUAAAGGAUGAGGAAUACUACAAAACCACGAAAUCUACAUUCAAACCAAAAGCUUUGAGAAAUCCAAACACUUAUAAAAACCUGCAGAAAAACCUGCCCAAGGAAAGUGAUAAAAAGAAAGAAACAGAUUUUAAUUUUAGCUCCAAGUUAAAGCCUGCAGUGUUCAAUGAUAAGUAUCUAGAUACUAUGUCUAAGGAGUUUAAAGAAAUGAGCGCUAAAGAGAGUGCUCGACAACUGCCAACUGUUGCAUUGAAACCAGUGAAAAAAUAAAACAGCAACAAUCCCAAUUUUGUUUUAGAAUAUCUUGCAAAAAUGUAAAAUAUAGUCUUUUUUGGUUCGA